CUCUGACGAAGAGAGGUCUGCCUCGACUUGCUUGGACGACAUGAAGCUGCCAGCUGGGGCUUCUGGUACCAUGCAGCUGAAAGCUGCUACAAACACCGAAUUUAAUGUCCCUCCCCCCGAAGCAAUUGCAUUUGCACUCGCUCUAGUGAAGUCAACGCCUGCCCACAUGUCUACAAGGGAAUACGCUAUCGAGUUACGUCAGCACUUGAGAGGGAACGAGCGAAGUCAAUAUCUUGACCUUACUAGCUUUUGGCAAAAGCGUUGUAGUGAGCUCACGAGAGAGAACGAACAGCUCAGGACCCAAAACGCUAUGUUUAAACGUGCAAAUCAGCUUCACGAGGACCAACUUGGGGAUGGAGAAGUUAUGACGGAUCAGAUGACUACAGUCAAUUCAACAAAACGCACGAGAGGCGCAACAAAAGCACCUAAACCGACCCCUAAAAAAGCAACACAACAAACAGAGGUCAGCGCAGAAGUGACACUAGAGGAUGACCUCGAUCUCGUAGAAGGUCUUGAAGAUGGCUUGUUAGUCAUGGAGCAUGCAUGGACAUUCCAGAGGCUACUUCGACAACCAGACCCAGACCCUGUAGCAAUCUGCUCUAGCUUGGUCGGUAUUGCUUCUUCCUUGGGUCUUGUCGUGCGAAAUCUAGCGAAGAGUUGCUCCCGCCCGAUAAAUCGUAGCUGGCAAAAGCCUGGUCUGCCUACCCUGGCCGAAGAUAGAUCCGAAUGCGCUCGCGUGCUUGGAGCAUGUGGACGAAUAUUCGGAAUGCUACUCACUGGCCUUGAACGUCUCAACGAUGACAGCUCUGGGAAACAUCUCCCCGACAGGGUCAUCUUUGAAUGUGUCAACAUGUUUUCAGUGGCUCUUAGUGCUAUCGAGUCCUCCGCCCGUCAGUCAGCCGUAAAGACUACUCAGACCAAAGCAGAUGAUGCUAGAGAAUCGCUUUCGGGUCGGCUGAUUGCUCAUUAUCUGACUGGACUCAUGGGUUUUCUUGGGCAGGAUAACGUACUUCACCAAAAGCUGUUUGACGGUUUCACUUUCACUCUGUUGGAGAGGGUUAGUAAACAGCUCUACUACUGCGUCUUUGGCCAGCAUCGCAGCACCACCGUUGCCGAAGAUAUCACAAUACCACUCGUACCUAAAGGAAAUAGCACUCAGCAAAAUGCAGAAUCUGUGGCAGCUCAUUUCGAGAUGAAGGCCCUAGUCGUUAUCCUUGAGCGAGCCUUGAGCCGUGCACCAGCUCAUAUGAACCCUCAGGCUGUUAAUCGGGGACAGUCUGUUGGUGUACGUACUCCCGCGCGUAGCCGAGCUUUGAGUAUGGUCAAUCUUCCAAGCAAGGGUCGCCUGAGUCCCAUCGCCAAGGACCGACUUCAACGGACACUUGUUACCUGCAUGUACGGAGACAAGAUUGAUGAUGAUUUCAUGGACUUGCUCUCUGCCCCCGUUGAUCUGGGGACCAUUCCAAACAUGCCGAAGAUUACCGAUCAAUCGGUUGAAGAGUGGUAUCAAGAGCAAGUAUGGAGGCUAGUGGGUUGGGAUAUCAUGGCCCAAGAGAGCUUGUGGUUGAAAUGCGAUACUAGAAGCCAAAGGACAUAG